AUGUCCAGAAAUUAGGAAACGUUAGCUAAGUUCAAUGAAGCAAGUGUUGAAGAAAUACCUGAAGAUUCUCAUGAUUAAUAUAAUGAAGAAUUUGAAAAAGAUUAGUCUCAUUAAGAAGAAAAAGAAGCUGAAAAGAAAAAUGAAGAUGAUGAUGCUGAUUAAUACAAUUAAGAUGAAUUCGAUUUAGAAGAUAAUUAAAAUGAUAAAUAAUAGUAAAGCUAAAAGGAAAUUGAAAAAAGUAGAGAUAAUCUUAGUGUUUCUAGUAAAUAGAGCUAAAACAAAAGUAAAUAAGACAUUUUAUAGGCAUAGGUUUCAAAUAAAGCUUUGCCAAAAGUUGAGUAUAGAAAAAAUAAUUAUUUAAUUUAUCUUCGUGAAAUUAGUGGAGGUAAAUUUGUGUAACAAAAAGAAAGGGCAAGAUAAAUUAAUGAUAGAAACUAACUCAAAACAUUGAUUUACUAUAGAUUUGGAGAUAAAAACUGGAUAGAAGGUAAAUUGAGAACUAUGUUGGAGGUUCCGUUUGAGAGGAAUUAAACUGAAGAAGAAAUUGAGUUUAAAUUGAUAACAAUUGAUGAGGAUGCUGAAGUUUAAGUUAAAUAAAAAUUUAAAUUGCAUGAAUUAAAUUUAACGAAAGAAAAACCUUUCGAUACCUUUACAUGUAAAUUUGAUUCUAGAAAAGAUGGAGAACACAAAUCUACUUAUAUAAAAUUUGCUCUUGUAUUUGAUGCAACAAUUCUUUCUUAUGUAGAAGACUAGAAUGAGUAAACUUUGUAAAUAUUCAAAGAUAAGAAAAAUUAGUAAGCAAAAAAGCUUGGCAUACAAUAACAGCAGCCUGGUAAAAAUGUAAUAUUAUUGUCUUUCACUCUGAAAGAUAUAGAGAAGUAUACCGAAUUUGUAAAGCAAAGAAAACAAAGUCUCAGAGAUUAGAUGAUUUUAACAACUUCAACUAACUGGUUUUGUAGAUAUUUGAUACAAAUAUAAUUAGCUAAGUAAAAAUGUUAAGUGUAUCUUGAUGAUCCAGAAAGAGAUGAUUUGUACUUAUUUUAUACAAGAAACAUGGGAUAAAUAACAGUUCAAUUAUUCGAGUAAAUAUAUGAAACUUUUCAAUUGGAUAGCUAUGGAUAAAUAACAUAUAAAGAAACUAAAUUGAAAUCAGAAUCACUUUUAGGAAAGCCAGUGGAGAUUUCUAUAGAAGAUUUAAUCUCGAAAGGAAAAGGAUAUUAAAUGUUUAAUGAAACAUUUGAUUAAAUUUUACAAACAAACUUUACGAUAUCUAUGAUUCCUGAAAAAACCUAAUUUCAUAAUAAAUUUCUAGGCUUUACUAGCAUUAAAAUAUUAGAAACAUCUGUAUUCAAUGAAACCUAAUAGCCAACACAUAUGGAGAUUUCAUUGUACUCCAUGGAUAAUGAGUUGAUUAACUAAGUCUGGAGGCUAAAACCGUUUGCACAUUAUAGUUAAAAUGUAUAAAAAAUAUCGACAUGGGACUAUCAGCAUGAUUUAGUUUAUAAAAAGAAUUUUCAAGAUGCUGAAGAAAAUGUAGAUGCUGCAAUUCCAGAAGAACUAUUUAGAAGAAUAUUGCAAGAUGAAAGUUAAAAUAGCGUCUCGAAAUUAGAAGGUGACUUCCCAAUAGAUGAAGAUUUUAAGAUUUACAUUAAGAAUUACUAGCACCUAAUGAGCUACGAGCCUAUUUUAGUAGAUUCUAAAGCAGAUUAUAAAGACUUGAAAUUUUCCUAAAAAAAUAAUCAUAUUUUCUUUAAGACCUCUUGUCCAUUCGACUACAUUUCUAUCAAAUUAUAUAGUGGAGAUCAUAGAAAAUCAGAUAACCUGAUUGGUGUUUAUGAAGAAAGCUUUUUUAAAGUACCUGAAAACAAUUUAAUUUUAGGAUAUAUUUAUUUAGAUAAAGAUGGUAGAGUGGAGAGUAAUUUUAAUUAAAUUGAAGCAAAAAAUAAACUGAGUAGCAAUAAACAAGAUAUUUUAGACAAUGAUAAGAAUGAUGAUAUUAUAGGUACUAUAAAAUUUUCGAUAGAUCAUUUUGGAUACAACAAAUUUUUAAUUGAAGACAGUGUAACUUGGGUAAAAGAAAUUAUUAAUUAUAAAGAAGACUCUGAUUAAUUAGUUUCAGAAAUAAAAACUUCGAUUAAGAAUGUUAUUAGCAAAUAAUAAAAAUUGUAAGUUUUAAGACUCUCGUUAAGUGAGAUAUGGAAUUUAAUUGAUUUAGUUGAGUAAGUUAUUCCGUAGAGUGCACUCUCUGAGCAAUUUGAUCUCAGAAUUAAAUUAGGAACAAUUUGCUAUACAAUCCGUCUAGUAGUGAAUAGGUUUGAUAAAAAGAGUUUCAAAAAAUAAGAUGUUUUGUAUAAGUUAGAAAAAGAAAAUUCAAGAUGCUAUUUUGAGAGAAUAAACGAUAAAUUUUAUUCUUAUUCUAAAACAGAGGACUAUGUGAUUUAAAUUUGUGUUGAUACUGAUAUUUCUUCUUCUCUAAUAUUUUAAAUUACUUCUAGUUUAGAGUCUCUUAUUAUAGAGUUGAGGACUAUAUCUAAGAAUGAUGAAGUCUUAGCCUUUUGCUCAGAAUAAAUAAAAAAUAUCUACUUUUUUAAUACAGAAGGGUUUAUUAUAUUGCCCUUAAGUAUUCCCGAUAUUAAUAAAAGAUAUGCUAAUAAUAAAUAUACAAAAGAUAAUUCAUAAAAACUUGACUUUUUUAACAAUACAGUCUAUUUUAAAUUUAACUUUGACUUUAUUGAAGUUGACAAUUUCAAUUAAACACCCUAAGAUAAUUCAGCUGGUCUUUACACUUUAGGUUUAUACAUACCACCAUAAUAAAAUUUAACAAAAGAUAAAUAAAAAUUGCUUAGAUAGUUUGUGUACUAGCUCAACAUUCAUGAAAUCAAUUCUGACAAAAAGUUUGAAAAGAAUAUAAAUUUUAGUAGCAUUAUCCCAAAGUUUACUAUUGAUUACUUUAAAAAUUUUGAGUUCAACAGAUCAGGUGAUCUAUUUUUUGUAGUUAAAAUAAAAAAAGUGUACUCAGGUGAUUUAGAGGAAGAUGAUGAAGAUAACGAAUAUAUUUUUUAAAAGCAAUAUCAUAUAAAUUUUAACUACUCUACAAAUUAAGAAAAUUAUAAUAAAGAUAUUAAAUUAGAAAAAAUUAAACUGAAAUUGAACUCGUUUGAGUAAAUUAUUUGCUCUUUUUAUGAUGAGACUAUUAAUUAAAAGCUCUCUCUUACUCUAUAAGUUAAUUAUAAAUAUAAUUAUUUUAUUGAAUAUCCCCAACAACUAAUCACUAUCUGUAUUCCUUUUGGACUAGAAUAAAAAAUGAUUACAAGUGAUAUUAUCGAUUCUAAUUAUUCACUAACCUUAAAAUUAAGUAGUUUAAGUAGAGAAGCAUUAAAGUAUAAAAAGAACUCUCAAGAACAUGUUAUUAGUUUUGGCAACAAGAAAAAAAGUUAAGACCAAGAGUACACAUAUGAGUCCUUUGAUUUCAGGGACAACUUAGUUUUAUAAAUUUUUUCAGAUACAGAUUUAAUGGAGACUUCAAUUAUUAAAAUUAGCGAUUUAAUUUUAUUAGAUGCUAGUAAAUCACAAGAAGAUUAUUCAAUUCAAUAAAUAGAAGAAGGAGAUAAUGAGUCAGUUAAUAAUUUAUCUUAAAUUUCAAUUAAUAAAAAAAAAAUGUUAACCUAAAAAUAAUAAAUGCAGCCACCUUCAAGCGAUUAUUUAUGGACUUUUAUUAUAUUCUCUAAUAAAAAAUUUGAAUUUUUUAUAAAAAUGAAAGACAGAGUUCCAAGAGCUGAAAAAUCAGUCUUUUUAAAAUAAGAAUAGUCUAUUGCACAAUCUAAAAAAGACUCAAGCAUUAAUAAAGGAGGAGCAAAAGCAGCAAAUCAAUCAGUUUUAAAAGAGGAGAAAAAAGAAUAUGAUUUAUAUACCAUCAAAAAGAUGAUACAAGAUAAGUAAAAAGAAAAUCAAUUAUUGAGUACAGAAUUAUAAAAAACUUAGAAAGAGAUUAUAAAGCAAGAAAAUGCCAUUAAAGAACUAGAAGACAUUCAAAAAAGAUCUAAUGCAAAAGCUAUGGACCCCUAAAAACCAAAAAGAACCACUGCACCUAUUUAACUUAGUGAAGAAGCAAAUAAGGCUAAAAUUUUGUUUUAAUCUAUUUGCUAAUGUGGUGCUCCUAGCCCUAAAUAUAAGGGCUUUUGUGAGAACUGUGUUGAGGAAAUGAAAAAUGAAUACAAAAAAAAGUAUGAUGAAUAUAAAAUAGUUGCAGACAAAUAUGAAACUCUCUAUAUAAAAAAUAUCAAUACUGACACAAAAAUAAUUAAAAUGAAGAAGAAAAUAGAAUCUUUGUAAAAAGAAGCGGCCUUCAUGGAUUCUGAAUAAACAAAUGAGUAAAAUGGAGAUGAGAAGUUACUAUUAGACGAAAUAAAUUUCAUAAAAUAAAAUAUUAAAUUGACAUAAGCCGAGAUUAAAAUGAUGCAAAAUGAAAACCAGAGAGUUAUUAAUGAGAAAUACCAUCUUCAAAACUCAUUAGAAGAAAAAAUUGCUAAUUAAUUAUAAAAAAUUACCAAGCUAAAUCAAGAGGCAUCUGAAUUUAAAAAGAGAAGAGAAGAUUUAGAAGAGAAAAUAGAUUAAAUUAAUAAAAAUUAUGCUUAACAAAGAUAAAAUAUUUGA